AUGCCACCAUUCAAAAAAACUAAAUUUCAACCAACUCAAACUGAAAGUAAACAUACUGGAAAAAUGUUUAAAAGAAGAUGGAUGGACCGGAAAGAGGAGCAUAUGCUUACCACGAUACAUGGAGAUGAACAAUCGCCUAUUAAAAAACAUGGUAAAAUAACCAUGAAACCGAAAUGUGUAAAAGAAUAUGAUGAAAAUAUGGGAUCUGUGGAUAAGACUGAUAUGUUACUUAGUAGUAUGGAGUGUACAGUUACUGGAAACCAUAUUCCAAUAGCACAGUUUCAGAUGGAACUAAUAAGGCAGGUUAUUGAAAAAUAUCAAACCGAUCGUGUGCCAAAAUCAAGACCACCGACUAAGGACCAACCAUCAAAGCUAAUUGAUAGGAAUUUUCCCUCAGAAGUUCCAGCAACACAAUUUGGAAGAUUUGCCAGAAGAAGAUGCCAACUAUGCAAAAAAAAAUAA